AUGUGUGGUAUUCUCGCCCUUAUCCUCGCGGAUACCGAUGCGUCGGACGCCUCUGCCGAUUUGCACGAGAGCUUGUACUAUCUUCAACACCGUGGUCAAGAUGCCUGUGGUAUCGCGACCUGUGGUUCUGGAGGUAGAAUCUUUCAGUGCAAGGGCAAUGGCAUGGCCUCCAAGGUCUUUGACGACGGCAAGCGCACGGUAGACCUUCCCGGCUACAUGGGCAUUGCCCAUCUUCGUUACCCGACUGCCGGAACUAGCUCUAGCGCCGAGAGUCAGCCUUUCUACGUCAACUCGCCCUACGGCAUCUGCUUCGCGCACAACGGUAACCUCAUCAACGCUCCCGCCCUGCGCAGCUAUCUCGACCAAGAGGCCCAUCGUCAUGUGAACACCGACUCUGACAGCGAGCUGAUGCUCAACGUCUUUGCCAACGCCCUGAACGAGACCGGCAAGGCCCGUGUCAACACCGAUGACAUCUUCAGUGCCCUCAAGAAGACGUACGAGAGGUGCCAAGGUGGCUGGGCCGUCACUGCUAUGAUUGCUGGCUUCGGUAUCUUCGCCUUCCGUGACCAAUACGGCAUCCGCCCCCUCAUUAUGGGAUCGCGGCCCUCCAGCACCCUCGAAGGCGGUAUCGACUACAUGUUCGCUUCCGAGAGCAUUGCUCUCCGUCAGCUGGGCUUCAGCAACUUUCAGGAUAUCCUUCCGGGACAAGCCGUGUUCAUCCAAAAGAACGGGCAGCCUCAGUUCCACCAGGUUGUUGAGCAAAAGGCUUACUCCCCCGAUAUCUUCGAGUAUGUUUACUUCGCCCGCCCGGAUACCAUCAUGGAUGGAAUCUCCGUGCACCGCAGCAGGCAGAACAUGGGCGUGAAGCUUGCCAACAAGGUCAAGGAGAUCCUCGGAGAGGAGGGUGUCAAGGAGAUCGAUGUGAUCAUUCCCGUCCCGGAGACCAGUAAUACUGCCGCUGCCGUGGUAUCAGAGCAGCUUCGGAAACCCUUCUCUAACGGUUUCGUCAAGAACCGUUACGUCUACCGCACCUUCAUCUUGCCCGGUCAGAAGGCCAGGCAAAAGAGCGUCCGGAGAAAGCUCAGCGCCAUGGAGUCCGAGUUCAAGGACCGUGUCGUCCUGCUCGUGGAUGACUCCAUUGUCCGUGGCACCACCAGUAGGGAGAUUGUGAGCAUGGCUCGUGAGGCCGGUGCCCGCAAGGUUAUCUUUGCCAGCUGUGCUCCUCCCAUCAUCUACCCCCACAUUUACGGUAUCGAUCUCGCCUCUCCGCAGGAGCUCAUCGCCCACGAGAAGACAAGAAGCGACAUCGCCAAGCACAUCAAUGCCGAUGAUGUUAUUUACCAGGACCUUGCCGACCUUAAGGCGGCGUGUACUGAGGCCUCUCCCGAUCACCAGAAGAUCACCGACUUUGAAGUGGGUGUGUUCUGCGGCAAAUACCAGACCGACAUCCCUGAAGGUUACUUCGACCACCUGAACGAGAGCCGUGGCACGAAGCGGAAGGCCGCCGUUGUGAACGGGACCAACAAGGUCUUGGUCGCCAAUAGCGGCCCGGUCAAUGUUUCUACCCCCGACCCCCCUGCGCUCAUGGAGAACCCCGAGAACAGGCAGGAUAUUAGCAUCCAUAACAUUGCCAACUCCUAGUAGGCGAUUACCAUUUUACGGAGUUACGGAACACUCGUAACCAAAAAGACGACGAUUCGAUAUUUGUCUUGCGUAAACGGUGACUGCGCUUGAGAAUCUGCAUCACAUUGCGCAUCAUAGUAGAGUAUGAGUACGGGCGUCCCUGGAUGAUGAUUUUCUAUAUGGCAUGAUAUGCCUGGGGUAGGAAAGUUUGUCUACUCAUGCACGCCCGAUACACGAUCACAACAAACAAAAAUUUACAGAUAGAUGCAUAAUUACGGAGGAGGCCGUUCGGAGUUCUUUGCUUGUACUUGGGAGGCAACAAGCCGGAUGGCAUGACAAGCCCCAUCAAAAAUACUUUGUCUCAUUCUUGUUCGCCAGUCGAGAGCUCCUACCGAGAUAAUCUCCGUUUUUAGAGGACUCUUGUAACAUAACACAUUAGAGUAGCGAAAGAGAUACAGUACAGUAGUAUAGAGAAGUUUUAUAGCAA